AUGGCCGGACCGGGUCUUUAUGGAGCUCUUUGUAGGGCGGAGUUAACGCUGGAGUUUUUGCAUGCAAACUCCACAACACAUGACUUUGUUUUUGGAGCAAUAGCUGAACUGAUUGACAAUUCACGAGAUGCUGGCGCCACAAGACUUGACAUUUAUACUGUGAAUAAUGAUCACCUGCGAGGAGGAUUUACCCUGUGCUUUCUAGAUGAUGGAUGUGGCAUGUCCCCUUAUGAAGCUACAGAUAUUGUAUAUUUUGGAAGAUCUUCUAAGAGAAAAGACCCUACAAUGAUUGGACGUUAUGGCAAUGGAUUGAAAUCAGGAUCAAUGCGAAUAGGGAAUGACUUGAUAUUAUUUACCAAAAAAGAGAAUACAAUUACGUGUCUUCUUUUCUCUCAGACAUUCUGCGAAACAGAAGGUCUCAGUGAGGUCAUAGUGCCAAUCCUUUCAUGGUCAAGUGACACAAGGACUCCAGUAAUAGAUGAUCCUGAGAAAUUUUCUACACAAUUGUCCGUAAUUUGCAAAUAUUCUCCUUUUAAUAAUGAAGAUGAAUUGAUGAACCAGUUUAAUGCCAUUUAUGGAAAAACAGGAACCCUGCUGGUGAUAUACAAUCUGAAACUUGCAUUGAAUGGGGAGCCAGAACUUGAUAUUCUAACAAAUGAGAAGGAUAUAUUGACUGAUAGGAUGCCAGAGAACUAUCCAGAAGAAAAAUCACUAAGAGCUUAUACAGCUAUAUUGUAUCUCAACCCACGAAUGAGGAUAUUCAUUCAAGCUGAGAAAGUCAGAACCAAGCAUUUGCUUUUCUGUUUUUACAGGCCCAGGAUGUAUCCAUAUACAUCAUCUUCAUUCAAACAAAUUGCUACUUGUGAAUUACAGAAGGCACAAAUGGAACUAAAGGCUGCCGAAAAUGCUGUGGCAGAAGUAAAAAGCAGACUAGAACAAUCUUCCUUGUCUGAAGAUAGUGAGUAUUUGCAAGUUGUGUUUCAAGAAGCUCUGGAGGAAGAAAAGAGAGUAAGAGAAAAAAAUGAAGAGAAAAAAAGAAACCUGAAAAGACCAAAAAGGUUAUUCAUAAUAUUUGGAAUAAACAUUCAAAACAGAAGUCAAGAUGGAAUGCUUAUCUAUAGCAAUAAUCGCUUGAUCAGAAUGUUCGAGAAAUUGGGAUCACAGAAAAACACAGGACCAUACUUUGGUGCUGGAGCUGUGGGGAUUAUAGAUGUACCAUUAGAUAUUAUGGAACCGACACACAACAAGCAGGCUUUUGCCAACAUUAAGGAAUACAGGCACUUGCUGAAAUCAAUGGAAAAUUACCUUAUUCAAUACUGUAAAGACAUGGGGAUAAGUCAAAAAGGAGAAAAGUUCUGGAAUGAUUUUGGAUAUCUAAGUGAUAAAUGGUGUGAAAGACCUUCUGAGACAGUUCAAUAUAAAAGAAGACGAGCAGCAGAAAUUCCUUACAUUGUGCAGUGUGAUGUUUGCCUCAAAUGGAGACUCUUGUCACUUAAUAGUGAUAUAAAUAAUGAAGUUCAUGACAUCUGGAACUGUGGAAGAAGUCCCAACUCUCUAGAAAAUAAGUGCAGUAUACCAGAGAAUUUGCCCAGAAUCCCUUUGGGCACAUUCAACCCAACUCAUUAUGUGAAUGACAAAGAAAAGCUAUUAAUUGAUUCCAUUCAGAGAAAUAAAAGGAAAGUGGAAAACCUGAUACUACCUUCAGUACGUUUUGAAAGUUGGUGUUAUGAAGAGCCUGAAUUGAAAAUUGAAACAGAGAACAAGCCAGAAAUCAUUUAUAUUACAUCAUCUGAUAGUGAAACUGAAGAUCUGCCAAAGGAUGAAUUGUUUGCAGGGUGUGUUUUAAUGAAAAAAGGUAAUGUUGAUGUUGAAAAACAGGAACAGUGUGAAGAAACACCUGACAGUUUCCUUGGUUUAAACAAGCAUGGAAAAUCUAAAAAAAGGUUUAAGCUAUCAGCAAACUCAAAAAGAUCCACAGAAGCUAUAAAAGAAGACAAAGAUCAAGUCUUUAUUGUGGAAGAGAAGUCAGUUGAAGUUUCACAUCUAACUAAAAAUUCCCAGAGCAUCACUAAAGCCAAAAUGAUUCAAACAUUAACAUCUCGUAUCAAAGAAAUACUGCUCUAUUUUUUACCUGAAUGUGAUAAAUCAAGAGACCAUAUUACAUCCAUGUGCCCGGAAGAUGUUUUAUCUAUGUUCAACUUAAAAAGACAUUGGGAUCAGAAUAAGACUGUCAUUUUAUCCAUUGAUCAGUAUUUCUCACAGUAUGAAAGACAACUUUCCCAAAAACUCAAGCGUCAAGAAGAACAUUGCUUUCAGAAAGUCUAUGCCAUUGAAAGACAAAUUUAUCUACGCAAAGAGCAAAUAAAAGCAACGCAAAAAAAGCUUGACCAUCUUCGGAGAAAAAUAGCCCUAUUGCUAUCAAGAAUGAAUCCCCAUCUUGUUAUAAAUAAUCUGGAACAUGUCGAUACCAUCUUGGAAGAAUGUUUAAACCAAGAAAUCACUCAUCCUUUGGUUCCUGUAACUACUAACUUCUGA